CACGCAGCACUUGUCGCCAUCAGUAAGAUACCGCCAUGUGAUAUGCCGGAUAUGGUGUCUUUUCUCACUCAUCCUGAGAACUCAAAAAUUCCCGAGCAGUGUCUCGGGCCGACUUUGCUCCUCGGCCAAGGGCCGAGACUCCUCUGCCGGGGAGUCGACGGUUGUUGGACCGACGCCUUUUUUGGGUCGGUCUCCCAUCAACUCGCUCACUCGUGGCUCGCCUUGCCUGCUUCAAGAUGA